CGGCGAGGCGGCAGUAGCGCGCGUGCACUCGCGAUGGCUCGGACGCUGGUGGCCCUCGCGGCCCUACUGCUGCUCGCCGUCGCCGGCGCCGACGCGAAAAAAUCCGGCGCGCGUGUCGAGCCGCAGAUCGAGGAGGUCACCGCCAAACAGUUGGAGCGAGUGCUAGCCGACAAGGAUUUCGUUGCGGUGUUCUGGUAUGCCCGAAGUUGCGUGACAUGUGACAAGGUGUUGGAAGAGCUGGAGAAGAUAGACGACGACACGGACACCUUCGGCGUAGACUUCGUGAAGAUCAACGACAAGCGGCUGGCGAAGCAGUAUGGCAUCACGAAAUUCCCCGCCCUCACGUACUUCCGUGAGAAGGAACCGAUUAUUUACGAAGGAGAUCUCAUGGACGAAGAGAGCGUCCUGGAUUUCUUGACGAGUUUAGAGGCAAUGGACCUACCUGAUAGAAUAGAAGAAGUAAACCAAAAGAUCCUUGCAAAGAUCAUUGAGGACACCGAUUACGUUGCUGUUCUAUUCUGUCCUGAUCACAAAACUUGCGGCCCUUCGAACAACAAGCCUGAGUGUAAGAGAUGUGCGAAAGCCCUGCAAGAGUUGGAGAACAUUGAUGAUGAAGCCGACCAGCUCGGCAUCGGCUUCGUCAAGAUCCACGAUGAGGAGCUGGCCGAGGAGUACAGUCUUGGAGAGCUGCCAAGACUCGUGUACUACAGGCACGAAAUACCUAUCAUCUACGAAGGCGAACUGAGUAAAGAAGAGGACGUGCUGGAAUGGCUGAUCGCCAACAAGUCGACUGGGGACGAGGAAGAUGUCAUAGAAGACGUCACGGCUAAAACUCUCAACACCCUCAUCGGAAACGUCGAUAACCUUGUCGUCCUGUUCUACAACAAUGACGACGAAGACUCAAUGACUGUUCUGGCCGAGUUGGAGAAGAUCGACGACGACUGUGACCGUCAUGGAAUCCAGUUUGUCAAGAUUGAUGAUGAGAAGGCGACUGAGGCUUUCGGCAUUGAAAGCGUUCCUGCCAUUGUCUACUACGAGAAACAGAUCCCUAAUGUUUACGACGGCGAUCUGGAAAAUGAGGAAGAAAUCUUGGAAUGGCUUGUUGGACAACUGGAAAAGGAUGAAAUUGAAGAUGUAACUGAUGAAAUGUUGGACCGUCUGAUCAAGGAUGGCAAAACUGUCGCAGUACUAUUUUAUGACAACAACGAUCGCAAGUCACAGAAAGUACUGAAUGAAUUGGAAAACAUUGACGAUGAAUGUGACCAACUAGGCAUUGCGUUUGUGAAGAUUGAUAACAACGAUGAAGCAGCGGAAUAUGGCAUUGAAAAGAUUCCCACACUAUUAUACUUCGAAAAGGGUAUCCCCACAUACUAUGAAGGAAACCUUGAAGAGGAAGAGAAAGUACUUGAAUGGCUCCACUACCAAACAGAGAGCGAUGAAAUAGAGGAUAUCACAGACGAAAUGCUGGAUCUCAUCAUAGAAAAAAUGCACUACGUUGCUGUUCUUUUCUACGACAAGGACCAGAAAAAAAGUCAGAAGGUCUUGGCUGAACUUGAGAACAUUGAUGAUGAAUGUGAUCAAAAUGACAUCGCUUUUGUGAAGAUUGACGAUGACAAAGAAGCGAAGGAAUACGGCAUUGAGACCAUUCCAACUAUGGUCCUUUUCGAAAAGGGUAUUCCCCACAUUUAUGAAGGUGAUCUUAUGAAGGAAGACGACCUCCUUGGCUGGUUGCUUCACCAAAAAAGGCACAGUGAAAUCCCAGAGGUUACGGAUGAAAUGAUGGAUAAAUUGAUUGAGACUACUCCUUAUUUGGCUGUUAUAUUCUAUGACAAAGAGGAUAAACAAGACAUCAGAAUUCUAAAUGAGCUCGAAAAUAUUGAUGAUGAACUAGAAAAGGAGGGCAUCGUUAUUGUUCGAAUGGACAAUGAGGAAGAAGCGAAGGAAUUCGGUAUUGACCAUCUUCCGACCUUGGUGUAUUUCGAAGAAAACAUCCCAGCCAUUUACGAAGGAGAUCUGAUGAAUGAAGAUGAAGUACUCAAUUGGCUAAUUGAACAGAAGAACAGUGCUACUAUUGAAGAGGUUACUGAUGAAAUUCUGACAGACCUCAUUGAUGAACAUGAAUACGUCGUCGUUUACUUCAGUGGCAAAUGUGAGGAGGGUGAAGAGUGUGAUAAUAUUUUAGAUGAACUGGAAAACAUAGAUGAUGAACUUGAUGAGACCGGUAUAAUUUUUGUUACAACCGAAGAUUUGGUUCUGGCCAAGAAAUACGGAAUCAAGACCUUCCCAACUCUAGUUUUCUUCAGGAACAAGGAUCCGCUGGUUUACAAAGGUGAUAUCGAAGAUGAAGAUGAGGUGUUAUCAUGGUUGACAGAUGAAGAUACUCUAGAAAUUCCCGGUAAAAUUGAGGAAGUGAACUCAAAGAUGUUGGAAAAAAUCCUAGAGGAAAACGAUCACGUUGUUGUAUUCUUCUAUCAGGAAGGUGACAAGAAAUCUCAAAAAAUAUUAAGUGAGUUGGAAAACAUUGACGAUGAAUGUGAAGAGAAGGACAUUGAUUUUGUCAAGACAUCGGACGAAGGCGUUGAGAAAGAGUACGAUCUACCGGAACUGCCAGCCCUUGCUUUCUACAGGCACAAGUUCAGGACUAUCUACGAGGGUGACCUUAUGUACGAAGAGGCCAUUUUGAAAUGGGUGUUAGAACUCCUUGAUACUCAACCUGAUGUUAUUGAGAAUGUGGACAGAAAGACUUUGAAAGACCUUAUUACUGACGUGGAGCACCUUGCUGUUUUCUUCUACACUGAUGACUGUGACACUUGCGAUGAAGUACUGCAGGAGUUGGAGACCAUCGAUGACGACACAGACAAACAGGGCAUCCAGUUUGUUAAGUCGAAGGACGCUAAAUUGGCCUCGGAUAUUGGUAUUUUCAGCUUCCCCGCCUUGGUAUACUAUGAGACCGGUGUUCCGAUUAUGUACGACGGUGACUUAAUGAAAGAAAAAAAGGUUCUUCAGUGGCUUGUAGAACAAAAAAGUGAAGAUAGUCCUCGACAAAAAAACAAAGCUUUUUCUAAAACAAAGACCAGUGCAGAUGUUGAUAAAAAAUCCUCAGGGAAUCUUAAAGGUAAACUGAAAACUGAUAAUAAACCUGAAUGGAAAACAAUGGGUACAUUAAAAGUAAGAUUCCCCGGAGAUAAGAAUACAAAACGCCAAGAAGGCCGCCGAAAACAAAAUGACAUAGACGAUGACAAUGACAAUGACGACGACGACGAUGAUGACGAUGAUGAUGACGAUGAUGAUGACGACGAUGACGAUGAUGAUGAAGACGAUGAUGAAGAUGAAGACGAUGAUGAUGAUGAUGAUGAGGACGAUGACGAUGAUGACGAGGACGAUGAUGAUGAUGAUGACAAUGACGACGAUGAUGAUGAUGACGAGACAGAUAAUACACCAGCACUAAAAAAAACUUGGAAAAAAAUGGGAAACUUAAAAGUAAGGUUUCCAACCACCAUAAAACCGAAAGCUGAAAAAAAACCACAGACAAAAAAGGACGAUGACAAUGACGAUGAUGACGAUGACAAUGACAAUGAUGACGAUGACAAUGAUGACGACGAUGACGACGAUGACGAUGACGACGAUGACAAUGAAGACGAUGAGGAUGAUGACGAUGACGAUGAAAACGACGACGAUGAUGAUGAUGAUGACGAUGACGACAAUGAUGAUGAUGAUGACAAUAAUGAUGAGGACAGCGAGGAUGAAAAAGUAAAAAAGGGAAAGAAAAGAGUUCCAAAAAAGUCAGGUAAAAGCUCAAAGAAGAGUCGAGAUAACGAUGACGAUGAGGACGAUGAUGAUGACGACGACGACGAUGAUGAUGAUGAUGAUGACGACGAUGAUGAUGAUGAUAGUUUUUUUGGUCGAAUUAAGAGAAUGUUCACAGGUAACCUAUUGGACGAAUCGGAAGUCCUAGAAUGGAUGGUAAAACAGAAGGAAGAUGAAAGUAUAGAGGAGAUCGAUAGGGAAACAUUAUUCAAGUACAUUGAGACGAAAGAAUUCUUAGCUAUUAUAUUUUUCAAAGAAGAUGAUCCAGAGAGUCCGAGAAUACUUAGGCACGUGGAGCUAAUUGACGAUGAGGCCGCCGAGUACGGCAUAAAGAUAGCCAAGUGCAGCGACCGCCUCAUGGCCAAGAAAUACGGCUACAGGAACCCGCCAGGUAUCACAUACUUCAGGAAAGGGAAAUACAUCAACUACGACGGGGAUAUUGAUGACGAAGAAGAAAUCCUCGACUGGCUGACCAACCCCGAAAAUAUGGAGCUAACAGAUCACAUUGAGAGAGUCAACAGAAAGAUGUUCCAGAAGAUACGACAGACGUCGGACUAUACAGCUGUAUUCUUUUACAGUAAUGACUGCAAACAGUGUCCCAGAGUACUGGCUGAGAUCGAACACAUAGAUGACGACGCGGAUGGAGCUGGCAUCAAUUUCGUCAAGAUUGACGACAGGGCGAUGGCCAAGGAAUAUGGUGUCUUUGCACUGCCUGCUGUUCUUUUCUUCAAGAUGGGAUCUAAAGAUCCAGUUAUCUAUGCUGGAGAUUUAUAUGACGAGCAGCAACUGCUGAGCUGGCUGCUAACGCAGAAGAAUCCAGCCGGCGACGUCAUAGAAGAACUUGAAGGACAAGCUUUGAAAGAUCUGAUUGAGGAAUCUGGAUCCUUAGCUGUCUACUUUUGGAACAAAACGUUGUGUGACAUUUGCAAUUCGAAAGCAAUGCGAAAGGCGAUGAAAAAGAAAGCGAGCACGGUUGACGAAGAGGAGGCUCAGGAACAGGAUGAUGCCCCGGAUUGUGAACAAUGCGCUGGGAUCCUCGAGGAACUAGAGAACAUUGAUGAUGAUUGCGACAGGCAUGAAAUCAAAUUCGUAAAAACGCAAGACUAUGCAAUUGCCGAAAACUACGGUGUUACCGAUUUCCCAGUUCUUGUGUACUUUGAGAGCAAUAUUCCGAAUGUAUAUGAAGGAUCUCUAGCCGAAGAAGAGGAAGUUUUGCAGUGGCUGAUUACGCAGAAAACCGAGGAUCGUAUCGAACUCAUAACGCGAGUCAUGUUGGAACACAUGGUAGAGGAAACGCAGUAUUUAGCUGUUUACUUUUACAAACUUAACUGCCACAUUUGCGAUGCUAUACUGGAGGGUCUCGAAAAGAUAGACGACGAAUGUGACGUAUACGGCAUACACAUGGUCAAGAUCCAAGACCCACAGUUGGCUAAACGCUAUUCGAUAAAAACAUUCCCAGCAAUGGUAUAUUUCAGAAAUGGAAAUCCUCUUCUGUUCGAGGGAGAUUUGCAAAAUGAAGAAUCUAUUUUGGAAUGGCUCAUCGAUGACGACAACCGUGAACUAGCCGACGAAAUAGAAUCAGUCAAUGAAAGAAUGUUGGAGAGGCUACUGCAGGAAUCUACUCUGCUUGUUGUAUUUUUCUAUGAUGAUGAAGAUUGCCCAGAAUGCGAAGAGAUCCUCGAAGAGCUUGAACUGAUAGACGGUGAGGUCGACCAAUUUGGCAUUGAUUUCGUGAAAAUAGCAAGCACAGAAGCUGCCGCUAAAUACAACGUCGUUAAUAUACCGUCUCUUGUCUACUUCCGUAAGCAAGUGCCGAUGCUGUACGAUGGAGAUUUGUACCAAGUGGACAGAGUCCUCGGCUGGUUAACUUCUCAGGAUGUUUUUGAGAUCAAAAACGAAAUUGAGGAGGUCAACCGCAAAAUGUUGGACAAACUUUUGGAGGAGAACGAAUUCUUAGCUGUUUACUUCUAUGAAAAAUCUCCUGAAAGCCGUGCCGUUAUGGACAAGCUCGAGAACAUUGAUAGUGAAACUGACAACUUGGACAUUACGUUCGUCAAAAUGCACGACCCUCGAUACGCUCGCAAAUGGGGCGUCACCAAACUGCCUGCCAUCGUGUACUUCAGGAAACGCUUCCCAAGCAUAUACAGAGGUGACUUGCUGUCUGAAGAAGAAGUCCUAGACUGGCUUCGGAAGAACAGAUUCAGACAGCCAGAGCUGAACAUAUUCAUGUACGCUCUGAUAGCGCUGUCGAUAGCUUUCAUCAUGUACACUGCGUUCUUACUGCAGUGCUUCAAACCGCAGCCGCCUGCGCCCGCGCCGCAUCCCAAGCAAGCGUGAACAGUCAUCCGAACCAAUCAUAUGGCUUUCAUUGUAGGUGUACUCAAAUAAGACAUUCUUUGUAACAGUAAUCAAUACUCGUAAUACUCAACAGCCGUCCCUUUGAUGGCUGACCAACUCUCUAUGUGUGCCAAUGCCGGCUGUGAUCUGCUAGCUGACAUUAUUUAAAGCGCGUAGAACUAAAUAAAAGUUAUUUGACGUCGGGGUUAUUUCAAUUCAAUACGUUUUUAGUAACAAGUUCUUGGGAUCAAACUUUAUUUGAUAGUCUCUAUGGAAGUCUUCUAUACGGUUAGGGAAAACAUAAAAAACAGCUGGAUUGACUUUUUAAGAAAUAGGUAGGUCAUAAGAUUUUUGAAAUAAAGCCUAUAAAUGACCACAUUAAUUCUCUACUCAUGGCAUUUUAACUUUUAUACUUUUAUCUUCCUUAAGACUGUAAUGCCUCCUUGUGUUGAAACCAAUAAGUCAUCUUAGACAUUACUGCCUUCCUGAUUUUUCGUUUUACUUCGGUUUAAUUUUGUACUUUAAUGUUAGCAAUUUAUAGCUUUUGUUUCAUCCUCGUUAUGUUUGCGUUUGAUUUUAUGAGCUUUUCGACGACGAUAUUUUACGUCUUCACUGACUUGACGUGACUUUCCCAUUUGAAUUCAAUGUGUUUCCUUCGGUAGAUUUUAGUACUGCGGUAAAUAAUACUGGACGGUGGGCGUUUAUUACUAUUUCCCUUGGAUUUUGCCACGAGUUAAAUCUAAACAGCGCGGUUAUACCUAGACUGCAGAAACACAUACUCUGCGAUUUUAAAUAAAUAUUAGUGUUGUAGUAACUUGCCCAAUUAUCAUUCCCGCUAAUAUUUUUAUUGUUUUAAAAUAUGAAUAAUUAUAAUGAUACCAUCAACUAAUGAAACGAUAAGGGAAUAUAAAAAGGAAGCUAAGAAAAAUGCUCAAGAGCGUUUAAGUUUUUUUCGACGUGCGCGACAGGCGCAUGUGUUGGAAAAACAUAUUCAAGUUGUAUAUAAAAUGUACAUAAAUAUUAAUAAAAUAAAUAAAAAUUGAAAAACUGAAA